AUGUACCCGAGUAUUUUCUCCUGGUGCUAUACAGCAACAUGGCUCUUUUCCGCCCUUCUUGCUGUCGAAGUGACCGUUAAUGCUGCAAAUUCACCACCUCCUUCGCGUCUCGCACCUCUCAAAUUUGCAAAUACCUCCACACUCAACGUUGCAUACUACGAGACCGGACCAUCUAAUGGAUCCGCCGUUAUCCUGGUGCAUGGGUUUCCUUAUUCAAUAGAUGCCUUCGCCCCGGUGGUCCCUCUACUUAGGGAGAAAGGAUACCGGGUGGUCGUACCCUACCUCCGAGGGUACGGCGAAACGUCGUUCAUCCACCCUAGCACUGCCCGAAGCGCAGAACAAGCGGCCCUCGGAUCAGACAUCAUCGCCUUAAUGGAUGCAAUCAACAUCGAUAAGGCAAUAUUUGCUGGAUAUGACUGGGGCACGGUGGCCGUUAAUGUCGCGGCGGCAGUGUGGCCGGAACGCUGCAACGGGCAUGUCGCAGCAAAUAGCUAUUUGAUUCAGAAUCGAACCACUGCUUGGGUUCCUCUAAGCCCUGACGCGGAGGCGUUACGUUGGUACUACUACCUUUUUUUGACUGCGCGGGGUGCAGCUGGCCUUUCGUCCAACCCCAAAAACUGGGCACGCACCCUUUGGCAAAAAAAUUCUAUCGGCUGGGAGUUCUCAGAAGAAUAUCUCGACAUAACAGCGACAGCGUUUGAGAAUCCAGAUUAUGUCGACAUUGUUGUCAACUUUUACCGCAACAGGCUGCUGUAUGCUCCUGGAGAUCCAAGAUACACUGAUUUGGCUGCCCUCCUUGACGCACAACCACCGAUUUCUGUACGCUCAGUCACAUUCGAUCCUGAAAACAGCGUUGUCUUUCCACCGACAAACGGGUCGUCAACGGCCCAGUAUUUCACAGGCCCAAGAUGCCAUUAUGUCCUUCCUAAUGUUGCUGAGAAUGUACCUUUCCAAGCGCCGGGAUUGUUUGCGAGUGCGGUCUUUGCGGUAGAUGGGUUGCCUGUGGUUGGAGGAGAUUAUGUCUGUCAAAAGGAAUUGUGA